CUGCCGUUUCGAUAUACACACGCACGCGUAUAAACGUUCGUGUGCACUCUCACAUCUGUACCGAACGCAGUGCUGCACACACGCACACACACGUAUACAACGUACGUAUACACAAUAAACAUAUAAGUGUACAAGACAAUAUAUAUAUAUAUCUCGUCCUCGCGCGCGCAGCAGCGGCACUGCCGCAGUUAAUUCAGGCCUCUCCGUUGUACUGCACUGCACCUACUACUGCACCGCACAGUCCCCGUUAUAUAUAUAUACAUCUCGUUCGUGUGCAUUUAUAUAUAUAUAAUGGUUAAUAGCGAGAUUGAAGGAGUAGCGCAGCAUAGCCUACUAUAGUAUACACAUAGUAGUAGUAGUAGUAGUAGUGCCAAGCAGCAGCAGCAGCAGAGAAGAAGAAGUGCACGUUACACAUCUAUAUAGAGGAGCGUGAUAUGUGUCUCGCCUCGCACUGUCCUCCUGUGCUGCACGACACGACACACCACAAGGUGGUUACGAGCUGAGUCGGCUCCUCGAUAUCUCCUCGACGCAUUUAUACAUAAUAUUUUUAUUUGUGUUUUAUCGACGGUGCUGUAUAAUUGUGACGCGAGCGCGAGUGAUCCCCUGUCUCUUGUGUCUUGUGUCUUCUUCGUGUAUACUCAUACAUACUACGUGUAUACAUCAGAUGUGCGCGUGUGUGUGCGUGCCGCGCGCGCCCGACGUCUGUAAUAUGCGAUGAUAAUGUGCUAUCGUGCAUCGAAAUCGACGAUAUGAUAGGGAGGAGAAAAUAUCGAGGAUCAUCGUUGCAUAGUAUGCUUUAGUGGUGCGAGAGAGAGAGAGCGAGAAACUAGGAAGAAUAAAGCGAAGCAGACCGAGAAUCAUCAUCAAGAGCUCGAUGCAUCAUCGUCGUCGUCCUGAGGAGCGGCAGUGGCUGAGACUCGAACGACAACAACAACAACAACAACAACGUGUACAACAACUAGAACAAUCGGUGCUCAUGGUCGUUGCUCGCGCGGAUCAACAACGGCCUGCGUCGACCCCGAGACGACCGAUCUGACAUGCAGCCGGACUGCAGCAGCAGCGGCCUGCUGAAUCAUGGCAGCUGUACAGGAGACAGCCCAGACUCUGCUCUAUCUCUUUAAGACCAGCAAGUAUCGUCGGCGACGACGCAAACCACCGUCGUCGACGGCCUCGGCUCUGCUGUUGCUGCUUCAUCUUCUAGUCCUUGGCUGCGUCCUGCAGCUGGCCCAGGCCACCAGCAUCGUGGGCUUCGGCGUCAGCAGCGUGGCCAGCUGCGAUCAGGACAAUUGCCAGAAUGGCCAGUGCAUCAACGGCAGCUGCGUCUGCCACGACGGAUGGCAAGGGCCCAAUUGUCAGUACUGCGCCAGCAAAGUCAGGCUGAGCGGUCCAUCGGGCACGAUCCACGACGGCGUCGGCAACUACACCACGGACGUCAAAUGCUCCUGGCUGAUCAAACCGUCGAGGUCGUCGGCUCUGCUGCCGUCCGAAUUAUCGGGCAGCAGCAGCCCCACAUCGACGUCGACGUCGACCUCGCCGACGAUUCGCAUGCACAUCGAGGAGUUCGCCACCGAGUGCGGCUGGGACCAUCUGUACAUCUACGACGGGGACAGCGUCGAGGCGCCCCUGCUCGGCGUCUUCACCGGCCUCAUGCACAAGCAGGACUAUCACGUGAGGCGCGUGCCCGAGGUCGUGGCGCGCAGCGGCAGCGCCCUGCUGCACUUCUACUCCGACGUGGCCUACAACAUGAGCGGCUUCAAUAUCACUUACAGGAUCGACGCCUGUCCCAGUAGAAACUCGAGCGUCGAGUGCUCGGGCAACGGCCAGUGCGUCUACGGCAACUGCACCUGCAACGCCUUCUGGAUGGGCGAAGCCUGCGACAUCGAGAUCUGCCCGAACGAGUGCUCGAGGCACGGCGUGUGCAAUCGCGAGGCGCAUCGCUGCGACUGCGACUCCGAUUACACGGGUGCCGAUUGCAGCCAAGCGAAGAAUCAAGGCUACUGGGAGCGAGUCGAUUGGACGUCUUCCUCCACCGCGUCGUCGUCGUCGUUACCCGAGGGAUCGGCCAGCCACUGCUCGGUCGUCUGGAAGGACCAGCUCUACGUCGUGGGCGGCGAGAGCUUCCAUCGCGCCCAGAUGGUCUACGUCUACGACUUUCGUCUCAACGUCUGGGAGGCGCAACAGCAGCAAGCGUCGACGUCUAAAAAACAACCGCUGCCUCGCUACGGCCACUCGUGCGUGCUGCACGCCGACAAGAUCUACAUGUACGGCGGCGUGAUCGAGAACUCGACGGUGACGAGCGAGAUCUGGACGUACGACCUGGCGGCGCGCCAAUGGGACAAUCUGACGGCGCACGAGCGCUGCCAUCAUCGCUCGGCGAUGUGUGGCCCGAUCAAGGUGGCCGGCCACACGGCCACCCUCGUGCAGGAUCGCCAGGACCCCGACAGACGCGACAAGAUGGUCGUGAUAUUCGGCCACUCGCCCCAGUACGGCUAUCUCAACACCGUGCAGGAGUUCUACUUUCACACGCGCGAGUGGCAGAUCGUCAAGACCUACGGCUUCCCGGUCAAGGGCGGCUACGGUCACAGCGCCGCUUACGACGCCCAUCAGGCUGCCGAGCCUGCGCUCAUCUACGUGUACGGCGGCUACGUGUCCGAGUCACAGGCCACCCAGGUGCUGACCAAUCGUUUGUACGCCUAUCAUCCGAAUCAGCCGCGCACCUGGCGCAUGCUUACGGCGGCGCCGUCGGCGCGCUUCUUCCACACGGCGGCCUUCGUCUCGGACUCGCUCGUGCUGGUGUUCGGCGGCAACACGCACAACGACACGCUGCACUCGUACGGCGCCAGGUGCUACUCCGCCGACGCCAUAGCCUACGACGUGACCUGCGACACCUGGAAGCAGUACCAGAUGCCGAGAACGCUGGUGGAUCUGUCUAGGUAUGGUCACAGCGCGACCAUCUUUCCCCAGAGGGAGGAUCAUCGGGGCAGGGCCGAGAGGUCCAUGUACAUUUUCGGUGGCUUCGAUGGCCAGAUGCUCAACGAUAUGCUCAAAUACACUCCCGGCAGCUGCGACCAGAUGCAGAACUACAGCCAGUGCCUGAACGCGCGCGUCGGCGUCAAGUGCGUCUGGGACAAGCGCCAGAGCGUCUGCCUCCCCAUUUCGCGCGUGCCCGCCAACGUGCUGCGCACCGACGACCCGCACGACGGCAAGUACAUGCGUUGCCUCGACGACGCUCUGCCCCGCGGCCUCACCACCCACAAGGAGCUCUGCAAGCUGCUGACCGACUGCGCCGCCUGCGUGCAGACCUCCUACGACUGCGUCUGGUGCGGCAAGAGCUGCGCCCACGAGAUCUGCCGCAAUGUGGCCAACGCGCCGGCCCAGCACGCGGUGCGCCACCUCGAGGAGUGCUCGCCCAACGGCGGCGUUGAGUGCUACCAGCUGCACACGUGCCAGUCGUGCUCGGCCAAUCUCAACUGCAUCUGGUCCUGGUCGAACGGGCCCGAUCGUUGCAAGCCGCUCUCGGACAUAGCCAUCAGCGCGCCCAUCAUGCCCUCGUCGUCGUCGUCGUCGUCAAGCGGCAAUCUGAGCAGCAGCAUCAGCAGCAGCCUGAGCAGCAGCAGCCCUGGUGGCGGUGGCAGUAGCAGCAGCAGCAGCAGCAUCGUGCCGCAACCGCAGGCCCGCUCGGUGCCCGGCGACAUCUGCCGCAGCCCCUGCGUCGACUACACGUCCUGCCGCAACUGCACCGAGACCGAGUGCAUCUGGUGCCAGAACGAGGAGCGCUGCGUCGACAAGAACGCCUACCCGGCGAGCUUUCCCUACGGCCAGUGCCGCGAGUGGACCACCCUGCACGAGAAGUGCCGCGGCAGUAGUAAGUCGUCCACGUCGUCGUCGGCGGACGGCUGCGGCUCGCACAACUCGUGCGCGAGCUGUCGCGAGGCCGUGGAGUGCGGCUGGUGCGACGACGGCUCGGGCACGGGUCGGGGCAAGUGUCUGCCCGGGGGCGACGCUCGGCCCAGCGCCAAGAGCCUGGAGACCUGCCCCGCCGAGAAUUGGUACUUUACGUCUUGUCCUCUAUGUCAAUGCAACGGUCACAGUAUCUGCGAACCAGGUACGAGCAAGUGUAUGGAAUGUUUAGAUUUAACUCAAGGACCUCAUUGCGAAAAAUGCAGGCCUGGCUAUUACGGAAGUCCUCUGAACGGUGCUUCUUGUCAACCUUGUUCGUGCAACGAUCAAGGUACGAACUGUACCAGUGAAACUGGUAAGUGUUUCUGUACAACGAAAGGCAUAAUUGGCGAUCACUGCGAGAGAUGCGACGUGAGCGGUCUCUACCACGGCGACCCGACGAACAGAGGAUCUUGUUUCUACGACUUGGCGAUCGACUAUCAAUUCACGUUCAAUCUGAGCAAGAAGGAGGACCGUCACUAUCGAGCGAUAAACUUCAAGAACUCGCCGCCAAAGCCCGACGUGGACGCGGACUUCUCCAUCACGUGCUCCGUCAUCGCCAAGAUGAACAUAACGAUCAAGCGGGCCAACAGCAUGGAGAAGCCCCUGCUGCUACAGGCCAACUGCACGAAUCUGACCUACAAGCAUCGCUUCAGCAAGGCCGACUACAACUUCGGCAACGAGGACAACAACACCCUCACGACGUUCUACGUGUACGUCUACGACUUCCAGCCACCCUUGUGGAUUCAGAUAUCGUUCUCGCAGUAUUCCAAGCUGAAUCUACAGCAAUUUUUCAUAACUUUUUCUACGUGCUUCCUAGCUUUGUUACUUGUUGCGGCUGUUUUGUGGAAGAUCAAGCAGAAAUACGACAUGUACAGAAGACGGCAACGUUUGUUCGUCGAGAUGCAGCAGAUGGCCAAUCGAGCCUUCAGUCAGGUUCUCGUCGAGAUCGAGAGGCGAGACACUCUCGUGGCUGAGAACGAGGGCAACAACGAAGUCGAAGUGUCGAACAACACGCGCUCGAAGAAGAAGAAGAAAAAGGACGCACCGAGCCCGAUAGCGCUGGAGCCGUGUUGCGGCAACAGAGCCGCGGUGCUCUCCCUACUAGUCAGACUGCCGACCGGCAGCGAGUCUUACACGCCUCCGGGCCAGAGCGCGGGUCUGGCGGUGGCGUCGGCGCUGGUGACUCUGGGCACUCCGCGCAGACCCUCGCAGGAGAUCACCAUCAAGGAGCCGAAGAAGUCGCGCAAAUCGGGCAGCCAGCAUCCGGAGUCGACCUGCAUCUAGCAUCAGCCGCGCAUCGUCGUCGCUUCCUUCGUCUCGUCGUCUUGUAGGGCCUUUUUGUUGUGAAUGAAUAGAGAGAGAGAGAGAGAGAGAGAGAGGGGGAAAAAAAUCAUCGAAUGUAUUAUUAUCCCUCGUUGCUAUCCAGGGCUGAUUAUGUUUUUCGCUAAUUUUUGGUCACGACCGAAUACUUCGUCGCGUCAAUGGUUUCUUUUCUUUUCGAGUGAAGAGUCUUUAUUUGUUUUGUUCGUCAUUCCUUAAGUACUUAUUACAUAGUUCAUCCGUACAACAAAGACUGAGUAACGUUUAGGUAGUCUCUUAUAUACUUUUUUUUUUCGUUAUACAUUGUUCAUCGCAUAAAAUGCUGUUCUUUUUACUUUAUACAAUGUGCUGAGAUAUAUGGUUGACACGGUUUUACAAAACUAGUUCGAUACGGGGUCAAGUGAUCGAUGCAACGAGGGAUUGUACAGUUUUGUAUAUAAUAUUAUGAUUACGCGAAUACGUUGUUUUUUUUGUCAACGUAAGAUGAGGAUAAAUCUUUUUUUUUUCACGUUUCCAUUUCAAUUUUAUUCCGUGUGCAGGAUUUUUUAUUCUGUUAAUAUGGAAUCAAAUUAGUAUUAUUGGGAAUUCAGGGUGAGAAUAUAAUGAAGGCAUGAUAUUUCGAUACUUUUUGAAUAUAUAGCAUUAAUUAAAGUCAAGACUUCGACUAUCACGGCGCGAUAUAUAAGCAUAAUUAAUAAGUGGAGAUGGAAAUUUUUUGAUUAUAAAACAAAUGGCGAAAGCUUUUCUAUAGUUGUACAAAAAUUUGAAAAAAGGUAUUUGAGUGUAAAAUUUUUUUGAAAAAGAGCAAUUAUUGAAUACACAUUAUUUAUAUACAGUUUGUAUUUACAGGUGAUAGACUUUUUUGGUUUUGUAACAGCAUUUCGAUCAAGUCUUAAGAGAUUUUUGACACUGCUCUGUUACAUAGUUUUACGUCUCGAAUCGAUAAUGCAAGAUUAUGAUUCAAUGAGAGUAACGUCGAUGCGAGUUUAUUUACGAGUUGAUCAGUUAAUUAUUUUUCGUUUUCUUACAGAUUAUGCAUGUAAAACUAUGAGAAUUUUUUACUGUUAAAAUUUGUAUUGUUCAGUCCAUACAAAAUUUUCUUUUGAUCUUUUUGUCAAAGUGUAUUCAGGUUCAUCUAGUCUAUAAUAAAUCAAUCAUAUAACGAGUAGCAAUGGAUGUGUAUCAGAGAAUGAGCGUAGCAAAAAUUUAUUGUGAAAAAUGCAAUUUGCCAUUAAGAUUUGCAGUAACGCAUAUUUUAUAAAUGGCAGUAUUUUAUUACUAAUUUCUAUUAAUAUUUGUUUGAUAAUAAUUUAAUACUCGUACUCGUACAUCGAACAAAUAGUUAUAAUUUUCUUUUAUACCCAGUAGUAUAUAAGCAACAUCAAGAGUAAGAUCUGCAUUUUUAUUUGAUAAAAAUGAUGAAUAUCUGUAUGAUGAAAAAUCAAAGGUAGUUGUUUUUAUAAAACUUCUUAUUGAAUGUGAUGGUAUCAUAUUUUAUUUCUUCUUACGUAAAAUUUAAUCAAUCUUUAUGUUCAUGAUGGGAUUUUAUUGAGUGAUGCAAAGGAACAUAUUAAAGAUAUCAGAGUGAACUCAUCACAUUUUGCACUCAUUGCAAUUAUCCAUUUCAGAACCUUUGAAUAUGAUUCAUUGUUGUUAUUGCGUAGGAAACUUUACUUUUCUCAAAACUAUAAUACGACAUGUAUUCCAAGACUGGCAAAUGGCAUUUUGAUGUAAUAAAGACGGGAGUAUGUAAUGGUGUACUGUUUUAAAAACGCAACUUUGUAAAUGAUAAAAAAAUCGAGAAAAGACUCAGCUGUAUUUUUACGCUAAUAAAGUAAUAGGACUGCAAGUUUGAUUAUAAAUAGUUGCAUUCAACUAAAAUCAUUGUAUUAUAAUGAAAUGAAAGCAAAUUAUUGUUUAAAUAAAAUUGAUAUAUAUGUAAAUAAAAAA